AUGGAAUGGAAUGGAGUGGAGUGGAAUGGAGUGGAAUGGAGUGGAAUGGAGUGGAAUGGAGUGGAGUGGAGUGGAAUGGAGUGGACUGGAGUGGACUGGAGUGGACUGGAGUGGACUGGAGUGGAAUGGAGUGGAAUGGAGUGGAAUGGAGUGGAAUGGAGUGGAAUGGAGUGGAAUGGAGUGGAAUGGAGUGGAAUGGAGUGGAAUGGAGUGGAAUGGAGUGGAAUGGAGUGGAAUGGAGUGGAAUGGAGUGGAAUGGAGUGGAAUGGAGUGGAAUGGAGUGGAAUGGAGUGGAAUGGAGUGGAAUGGAGUGGAAUGGAGUGGAAUGGAAUGGAGUGGAAUGGAGUGGAAUGA